GUAUGGGACGUCUCGUAUGAUUUGGCAUCGUCAUACCCGGUAGAAUGAUGGAGAACUAGCCAGCUAACUAGAUGCUAACGUAAUGUUGAAACAGAUAAGCAAUUCAAAAUUUACCCAUUUCUGAAAACAAGUGAGGAUGGCUUCGUACUUUGAUGAACACGACUGUGAACCAACAAAUCCUGAAGAACAGUAUCGUCAGAAUGCACUACUAGAACUGGCCAGGUCCCUGAUGCAGUCAAUGUCCCUGAUGGACAUUGACUCCGGAACAUUUGACAUAUCAGAUUGGGACGAGCGUCUUCCUCCCCCAGCUGCCAAAACAGCUGUUCAGACGCUACCGGCCGUUAUCAUCUCCCCAGAGCAAGCCGACAAAGGACUGAAGUGCCCUGUGUGUCUGCUGGAGUUUGAGGAGCAAGAAACCGUGCGUGAGAUGCCCUGCAAACACCUAUUCCACUCAGGCUGCAUACUGCCUUGGUUAGGCAAGACAAACUCGUGUCCACUCUGCCGCCUCGAGCUACCAACUGACAGCCCAGAAUAUGAAGAGUUCAAGAAGGACAAGGAAAGGAGGAAACAGCGAGAGCACAGACUGGAGGAUCUACACGGAGCCAUGUACACAUGAUGAGGACAUGCACCAGAAUGAGUCUGUCACAUAUGUAUCAGAGGGCCACAUAUAGGCCGAAAAUAGAUGAAGAGUGUGUGCUGUGUGCGGUUUUUAUGUCUGUAAAUAUGUGCUUUAUAUGCAGUCCAUUGGAAAAGCAUCUCUUGUCAUAGCGUUUUAAAUUAUGAAUGGUCACUAUCAUAGUGAAGUGAGCUCUCAGCUGAUAUGAACUUGAUUGUCUUUGCCUUAAAUUGGCAUGUUACCCCUUCCCCUCAUGAUGCAAUAUAAUGACCAAAAACUAUUAUGAAA